AUGACUACCCUUCCAGAUCCAGAGACGCUUGUUGAGUUGAAUGAUCCUAGAAUAAGAGAUGUCUUAGGUCAUCUAUUUGAGCCUUGCCCAGUGCUUUGUGACUUUCUUAUCAAAGAAGUGAUCAAUAAACCCUUUCCAUCAUACACAAGUCUCAUUGAAUCGUCCAGGAAAGAGCUUCUUCAAUUUUUGGAAAAGGAGGAAACCGAAAGCACUGUAUCCCCUGAUAUUGCAUCCAUCAUAUCAGCUCACCCUAGACUUGGUCCAUCCAAGGAUAAGUUGUCAUCCCACUCCACUCUGGAGCAGAAGUCACUUGAAGGUUCAAAAGAAGAAGCUCAGAAACUCGCUGAUCUCAAUGCCAAAUAUGAGACUACUUUUCCAGGCCUUCGUUACGUAGUCUUUGUUAACGGUCGCUCGAGAGAAACCAUAAUGGAGAACAUGAUAGAGAGGAUUCAACGCAAUGACAUCUCUGCUGAAAGGCGUGAAGCAUUCAAUGCUAUGUGUGACAUUGCAUUAGACCGUGCUAGAAAGUUGGGUGCUAAGCUUUGA